AUGAUCGAGACGGUGGGUCUCUCUCAUUCGAACGAAUCGAUCAUGUCGAACGGCCCUCCUUGUUCUCAUUUUCCCCUUCUGAAACUUCCAGAUAUUCCGCUGGCCCAGAUUAUCAAAUUCUUCAAUGCGUUCGAAGUGUACGUUAAUUGUUCCUUCUUUUCACUGUUCUCAAUUGGAAUACCCUGCUAAAGUAUUUAAAAUUUGUAUUGAUUUUUACGUUUUCCAAUUGAGAAUGGUACUUUGAGUAUUGCCACUUCCAAGAUUACUGUUGAUGACAAAAGUGGCACCUCUUAAAGUUAGAACUGAAUUGGUAACUCGACUUCCAUGAGCUACAAUAGUUUUGGAAGUUGCUGUGCAGUGUUGUUGAUAAUGGUGAUAUUUUUGGACGGACUGAUUCUAAUUUUCAGAAUGCAACUCUCUCUUUGCUCGAAACUCGGCACUCGUCUUGCGAAGUGGGGAAUCGGCUGCAGUCCCUGCUUCCUGCAAAUAUCAUUCUGUGCCGUAAUUAAAGUAACUGUCGUGUUCCGUCGCAAUUAUACAUUAUCCUGCCACAUCUUUGUCGUAGAGUUAGACCAUAAAGACGCGGUAGAUUUCUCCAACGGCCUGAGUGCGAUCGGAGGACAAAAUGUUCCGUCUGGCCAAGGAAUUGACGUCAAAAAUAUUCCAUUUGCGAUAUUGCAAUGGGACGAUCGUCUGAGAGGCCUGCAAACAGUUGUAAGCCACCUGCGUGACCUGUUUAACAGUUGCGUGGAAUUCAUUAUGAUAAAUCCGAAACCCUUUCGUUGCAAAUUAGGACUGAUCUUGGACUUUUUCGACAGUCUAGAUUACAAACCGAAACAUUGCCGGCUGCUGAACGACCGAGUGAACGAUACGGAUGCGAAUCUUUUGCUGAGCCGCUGCCAGCCGUCCGAAUGCUUUUUCAUAGACAUAAAGACCCCACCCACGUUCAUCUGUGAAACUUUAUUCAGUACGCCAGACGUUAGGAUAACACAAGGAUCAUUCAUUCGUCCCUCUAAUAUCCUCACCAUGAAUUGCACCUGUAUCUGUUUGAUAAAUACGGUUCUGACUGAUUCCGAUCUCAAUUUGGUGUUCAAAAAUUGGAAAGAAGGGAACAUGCCACUGCUCAAAGUAUUUACUGCCACAAGCAAAAAACAACUCAGAAGGACGGUUAUAACAGACGAAUUGGAACCGAGAAGAGUGGGCCCAAAUGUACUAAGAGUUUAUCACCUGUGAGUUUCAUUCAUUACCGCUCGGUCAAUACAGCACAAAUACGUUUUCAGCAAUUGCGAUAACUGCGGAGUUUCGAAGACCAUACCGCAUUCCAUUUAUGGCGGAGACGACAUUCUGAGCAGAGGCAACGUUUUGGGCACAUUUCGACAAUCUCAACGUCUGAACGAUAUAGGCGGAAACAAUUGCUAUUUCCAUGUUUGGCCAGAUAUCAUUGGGAGUACAGGUCGCCUUUAG